AGGAGAGCGAGUAUAAACAGCUGCUUCUCCGCCCAACCAUUCUCUUCAUACUUUUCUCUCAAUCACUUUUUCUUUCUCCUACUUGAACAAUCAAUCAAUCUGCAGAUAUGUGUGGAGGUGCAAUCCUUUCCGAUAUCAUAGCCCCCUCGGCUAAUCGCUCUCGCCCCUUGACUGCUGAUAAUUCUCCCUCUGAUUUCUUCGAUGACUUCGAAGCCGACUUUCUGGGAUUCAAGAACAACAUGCCUUAUGCUUUCUCACCCUCCAAAAACUUCGCCCCUGGGUCUGAUGAAAAAUCUGCUGGUUCAAAGAAAAGGAAGAACCAAUUCAGAGGGAUCCGUCAACGGCCAUGGGGCAAAUGGGCUGCUGAAAUACGAGAUCCAAGCAAAGGGGUCCGUGUUUGGCUCGGGACCUUCAAUACCGCGGAAGAAGCUGCCAGGGCUUACGAUGCUGAAGCCAGAAGGAUCCGUGGUCCCAAGGCCAAAGUCAACUUUCCCACACCCGCUAAGCCCAAAAACCACAAAUCAACUUCUGCUGCUGCUGCUGCUGCUUAUGGCUUUUUUGUGGAAGACAAGCCAAAACCACAGCCAUCAGAAAGUGAUGCACUUUAUAUCAGCUCUGAUCAGGGGGGGAGCUGCAACUCUUUUGAGUUCCCAUGGGGGGAAAAUUGUGCUAAUCCCACCAAAAAGCCAAAAACAGAGUCGGUGAAUUUGGUCUCAAAUUGCGAUAACGAUCUCUUCUUUGAGAUGCCAUAUCUUGAAGGUAACUGGGAUGCCGCUUUUCUCACUGGAGAAGAUCUAAAUCAGCAGGAUGGUGCUGCUAAUGUCAUGGAUCUUUGGAGCUUUGAUGAUCUUCAGUUCUUUAAAUAAAAACAACUUGAUCUAUGUGUGUUUGUAAAUAAAGCUUUACAUAUCCACCCCCCCCCCCUUUCAGUAGUGUCCCGGAUAUUCGAAUUAUGUAAUGGCAAUGACUUUGGCUGUGUUCAACUCCGUUUAAUAUUUGAAGUUUCUUUCUUGUGUUGUUCA